AGAAGUGUUUGGGCGUUUUGCGAACUUUCACCUGGAACCACAAACAAGAAGAGAAACCCAAAUCAGAAAAAAGAGAACUUGGCAAAGUAAUUGACUUUCUUGGUUUUGUAUAUAUAAAAAGUUGAAUUUUUGGGUACCCAUUUGGCUGAAAUGGCAGUAAGAACACCUAUAACAGGGAUAACUAUGGCUUCGGCACCUUCAAUUUCACCUUGUAAUAGGGUUGUUGUUGUGAAGGUGAUGCCUUUUAGAGCUUCUUUCUUUGGUCAAGGAGUGGGAGCUGUAAAACUUGCUGGGCUACAGCUUACUCUUUCUAAUAGAUCCAGGUGUAACAGUCAUGGUGGGGGUGCCCUUGGAGCUCGUAUGAAUCUAUUUGAUCGGUUUGCUAGAGUUGUCAAGUCAUAUGCAAAUGCACUUAUAAGCACCUUCGAAGACCCAGAGAAGAUCUUGGAACAGACUGUCCUAGAAAUGAAUAAUGAUUUGAUUAAGCUGCGACAAGCUACAGCACAAGUCUUGGCUUCACAAAAGCAAUUGGAAAAUAAGUAUAAAGCUGCACAACAAGCUUCUGAAGAUUGGUAUCGUAGAGCUCAGCUUGCUCUUGGAAAGGGGGAUGAGGACCUUGCUCGUGAAGCUCUCAAAAGAAGAAAAUCUUAUGCUGAUAAUGCAAAUGCCUUAAAGACUCAACUUGAUCAGCAGAAGGCUGUGGUUGACAAUCUAGUCAGCAAUACACGGCUUUUGGAGAGCAAGAUACAGGAAGCAAAAUCAAAGAAGGAUACUCUGAAAGCACGUGCUCAGUCAGCAAAGACGGCAACCAAAGUAAGCGAGAUGUUGGGCAAUGUAAAUACAAGCAGCGCUCUCUCAGCCUUUGAAAGAAUGGAAGAAAAAGUUUUGACGAUGGAGUCUCAAGCUGAUGCUCUUAACCAGUUAACCAAUGAUGAGCUUGAAGGAAAGUUUGCAUUGCUGGAGACCUCUUCUGUUGAUGAUGAUCUUGCCAGUUUAAAAAAGGAAUUGUCUGGAAGCGCAAAGAAAGGAGAUCUUCCACCGGGGAGAACACCAGUUGCCAGAUCAAGCUCGCCAUUACAAUUUCAAGAUUCAGAGAUUGAAAAAGAAUUGAACGAGUUAAGGAGGCGGGCAAAUGACUUCUAGAGAUCCCAGUCGAUCUUUCACACUACAAAUCGUCUUCCUUUAGGCAUUUGUUACUCAAAGAAUGUGGCUUUUGGCUUUUCCGAGAAGUUGCCUCAUCGAUGAAAGCCAGCGAAAUAGGAAGUGAAACUGGGGAAAGUAUAUUGCAAUAUGUUGAUACAUCUUCUUUCAAAUUAUUGACCUACAUUAUGGCAAUAUAGUGUAAGCUAGUCCUGACUUCA